AUGAACGAAAAUAUUAAUCAGAAUCAUAAUGAAAUAGAAGAAAAUCAAGAUAUUGAAAAUGAACAAUUAUCUUCGCCUACUACUGCUACUAUUACCUCUACUGCUAAUUCCUCUCCUGUUUCUAUGCCCAUCUCUACAUUCGCCUCUACCUCUGCUUCUACUUCUGCCUCUACUUUUGCUUCCAUCUCUGCCUCUACUUUUGCCUCUACUUCUGCUUCUACUGCUACUGUUUCCACUAUUCCUACUUCUAUCUCUCAUUCACUUGAAACAGAAAUUAAUAAAGAAAAAGAAAUAGCAUCACAAGAUAUAUUUGUAUCUACUAAAAGAAAAAAUCCUAUAACACCACUUAUGACAGUUAUUCCUGUUAAAAAAUCACAAAGUUGGGUAUGGGAAUAUGUAGAUAAAGAAAAACGAACUUGUAUGGUAUUAAUUAAAGAUCGUAAUGGUGAACAAAUUCAAUGUAAUUGGACAUGUAAAGGCACAACAAGUACUUCUAGUGUAUUGGGACAUUUAAGAUCAGUACAUAGAAUUAUUCCUGAACAAAUAAUUGAAAAAAAUUUUAAUCAAAAUGAACAAAAUAACGAACAAAUUUCUUUAACUAAAUUUGAAAUAGAAAUAAUUACAAAUCAUUUAUUAGCUUGGAUAAUAGAUGAUAUGCAAGCAUUUAGU